UUUCACACCAAUGAGAGUGCAGCAUGUAGCUCCCACUCACUGGCAUCAGAAACAUGAGAUAUCUUUAGUCUUGAGCUGCACAAUUUCAUACAAAUAACACAGCAUUGGCUAGACAGAAUCUCCAUUCUGCCAAAACGCACAUUGGUGGAUAGGUAGUGGUAAAACAGGAAGGGAAGAGAGUGCAGCUGAUCACUCAUACACCAGACUCAAGGCUUUGCACCAUGAAGACCAGAUUAGGCUGUCUGUCCAAAAAAUCUGACUCCUACAGUGACUUCUCUGAGUUUCUGCCUCCUGCUCAUGAGACCACUGCCAGAUGUCUGAAAUUGUCAACAGAUGAAGUUGUUCGAUGGUCUGAGUCAUUCGAUCACCUUCUUGCUCAUAAAUAUGGACUGGCUGCGUUUCGGACAUUUCUCAAGUCCGAGUUCAGCGACGAGAACAUCGAGUUUUGGAUGGCCUGUGAGGAGUACAAAAAAAUCAAGAGCUCGACUAAACUUCUGUCUAAAGCAAAUAAGAUAUUUAAGGAAUUCAUUGAGGUUCAGUCACCAAGAGAGGUUAACAUUGACUAUCGGACAAGGGAGAAGACCAAACAGAUCCUGUCAGAACCCACUCCUGGCAGUCUCAAUGAAGUCCAGGGUAAAAUCUACAGCCUCAUGGAGAAAGACUCAUACCCACGAUUUCUCAGGUCCAAGAUGUAUCAGGAUAUUGUCAACAGGGCACAUGCACAAGGUCAGCGGAGGUCUGUUUGACCAAUUCUGCAGGCCACAGUGGACCUAAAACUGGACCUGUAUGGUAUAUCAGUCUUUGACCCUUUGAAACCACACCAGUACUGUGAAUAAGCAAGAAUGAAAUGACCUGCUUGACUGUUUUCUGUACACCCAUUCCAUCCUGCAAUGCCCAUAGUAAAACCAUGUCUCUUUGAAGUGUGUGGCAUAGUGAGGAGAUUCCUUAGCGAUAUAUCUGAAAAAUGUUUUCCUGAAACAAAUAUGUAUCAUGCAACAAAUGUCUUUAUUGCACUAAAGCUCAUUUUAAUCAUUGUCAAGAAAGCAUUAAAUAGAUAACCAAUGUACUAAUAUAGCACUUAUCUUUGUUGCCAGUACUUGUUAAGGUGUUAAUGUGUCCCAAUUUAGAUUUUUUUCUUUGUGAAAUACUUGUACAGUACUGUAUGGUGCCUUGUGCACUUAUUGCAUGCAUGUGCAACUUCGCAUUUAACAGAAUAGUUUUGUCUCCAGUGAAACUGAGGAUGUUUAACAGCUAAAAGCUUAACACAUGACCAUCCAUGUCAUUCUUAUAGCCAUAAAUUGACAAUCGACUGAAACUCUAAUUAAAAAUACUAAACUUUUCAAAAGGCCUAUUCUUAUAGCCAUAAAUUGACAAUCGACUGAAACUCUAAUUAAAAAUACUAAACUUUUCAAAAGGCCUCUGAAAAAAAAAAAACUGUUUUAUAGUGCCUUUAAAAAUAUAUUCUCUUAGCAGCAAGUGCACUAGUAUUGGCAUCAGUCUUUGGCAGCUUAAAAGCCUACUCUUCCAGUGUUCAUUUUAAGGCAUAUACAAACUGAAAACAGUUAAUGAAAAAAAAGUUAAAUCAUUCUAAUAUAAACCCCAUUGUAUGACAAUUUAAACUUGAGACACAUCUAAUUUAUUGGUUAUAGAUGUAUUUCAUAUUUUAUUUUUUCGUUUUGUGGACCUUCUGUUUCACUUACAUGUCUCCUUUUAAUCACAUGCUAUUGCCAUGGAAACAAGAUGUACCAUCAUAUAAAGAAAUUGUGGAUCACCAUGUCUCAUUGCAAGCUGCAUGCACAAACAAUGAAACGGGUUGUUAUAUGGAAUAGAACACCAUUCAAGCAAAUAGUUAAGAUCUCUUGGAUAAACUACAUAUCUGAUCUAUAGAACUAUAUACCUGACAUACAGUGCAAGUUCAAAAAAUGUUUUGUUUUUUUUCCCAGCAGUUUCAGUGUUAAUACUGAAUUCCCCUUUAUACAUCAGUGUACAUAAAUUCUUCUAUACAUUUUACUUUUUAUCCUCUUUAGUUUAACUGAAAUGUAUUUGGGCCGACUGUGGCUCAGUGAGUAGAGCAGUGCUCUUGCAAAUGCAAGUUGAUGGGUUGGAUUUCAGCUUCCCUCUGCCACAUGUCAAUGAACCACUGGGUAAGGUACGUCAACUCUAGUUGCCUACCAAUCUCCAUAAUGUUGUGAUGAAUGUGAGAGUGAUUGGGUGAAUGUUGAUAAACUGUAAACCACUUUGAGUGGUCACUAAGACUAAAACCACCAUAAAAAUUAUGUCCUUUCAGUCCAUUUAACAUUUGACAUGAAAAGAUAAUUAUUUUGCUAAAAAAAGUAUGUGAUCUGUUUAUUGAUUUAAUUUUAACCAUUUAUUUUUCAGUUCUUAUUAAAUGAUGACAUCAAACCCAUCUUAAAUAAUUAGUUUGUUCAAAGCAAAGAUACAUUUAGUGCACAAGUUUA